CUGCGGUAAACAAUUUUGAGAAAAUUUUACAAGUCAUCAACAAUGGAGGCAAUGGAAGUUAUUUUACCAGAAAAAGACGAAGGAAGCCCUUCAGAAACGAAAGUCAGCUUACAAGAUGCUGAUGUUGAAGAUUUAUACACAAAGUAUAAGAAAUUGCAGCAAAUGUUGGAAUUUUUGGAAGUUCAAGAGGAGUAUAUUAAAGAUGAACAAAGAAACUUGAAAAAGGAGUACUUGCACGCUCAAGAAGAGGUCAAGAGAAUCCAGUCCGUUCCGCUGGUAAUCGGACAAUUUUUAGAGGCUGUCGAUCAAAACACAGGUAUUGUUGGUUCAACCACUGGCUCCAAUUAUUAUGUGCGCAUUUUGUCGACAAUCGAUAGAGAAUUGUUAAAACCAUCAGCAAGUGUUGCCUUGCAUAAACAUAGUAAUGCUUUGGUCGAUGUUUUGCCUCCUGAAGCAGAUUCCUCCAUCAGCAUGUUGUCGGCUGAUGAAAAACCAGAUGUUCAAUACAGCGACAUUGGAGGUAUGGACAUGCAAAAACAAGAAAUCAGAGAGGCUGUUGAAUUGCCUCUGACACACUUUGAGUUGUACAAGCAGAUUGGUAUCGACCCACCCAGAGGUGUGUUGAUGUAUGGGCCCCCCGGUUGCGGUAAAACCAUGUUGGCCAAGGCAGUGGCCCACCAUACCACUGCUGCUUUCAUAAGAGUAGUAGGUUCGGAAUUCGUACAGAAAUAUUUGGGCGAGGGCCCCAGAAUGGUGCGCGACGUGUUCAGGCUCGCCAAAGAAAACUCUCCCGCCAUUAUUUUCAUCGACGAGAUCGAUGCCAUCGCCACCAAACGUUUCGACGCUCAAACCGGAGCCGAUAGGGAAGUGCAGAGAAUUCUGCUCGAGUUGUUGAACCAAAUGGAUGGUUUCGAUCAGACCACCAACGUCAAGGUUAUCAUGGCUACCAACAGGGCUGACACGUUGGACCCUGCUCUAUUGCGUCCCGGCCGUUUGGACAGAAAGAUCGAGUUUCCAUUGCCUGAUCGUAGACAGAAGAGAUUGGUGUUCACUACUAUUACAUCUAGGAUGAACUUGUCUGAAGAGGUUGAUUUGGAAGAUUAUGUAGCUAGACCUGACAGAAUCUCUGGUGCUGAUAUAAAUGCUAUUUGCCAGGAAGCCGGUAUGCAUGCUGUAAGAGAAAACAGAUAUAUCGUGCUACCAAAAGAUUUUGAAAAAGGUUACAAGAAUAACAUCAAAAAGGAUGAAAGUGAGCAUGAGUUUUACAAGUAAUCAUUUAGUUUAUUUAUUUUUACUCAUUCUAAUAUGAUAAUGCUUUAUGUAUUUUGAUUUUUUAAUAAAUUAUCAUAAUCAGUAA